AUGGAAAUUCAACAACAAAUUGAGGAGUUAACGACGAUUUAUCAUGAAUAUAAGUCAUUUUUCCCAAAAUGUGAAUUGAUUGUGACACCAGAUAUCAAGUCCAAUUCCAAUUCCAACUAUAUUCAAUUAAUCACGUAUGAAGGUCGAAAUAUCAAAGUUACUGUUGGUUUUAAAGGUUGGUAUGAAAUAACAACUACUACCACAAUACGAACAAUUGAGAAAUCAUUUGAAUCAUUUGAAUCAUUUGAAACAUUUGAAGCUUUGAUGCAAACCAUUAGUAUAGAUUUUCAAAACCGUUUUGGAAACGAACUUUCCAAUAAAUUAAAUCAAUUACUACAACAGCAACAAAAAUAA